AUGGCUCCUAUAAAAAGGCUGGCUUCUAAUGGCGUGGUUCAAUCACCAAAGCGUCUCGCAAGAGACCCAAGAGAUACCUCAGAAAUGGAGCUGGAAUCAGAGUCUUACUCUGACGAAAGCAUAGAGGACGCAUACACGGCCCACGCUGCUGCUAUGGGUGCAGCUGGUUCGCUUAACAAUAACCAAUGGCAGGGUACAAUCACAGAAGUCAUCAAGUCUGUGGUUUCGAUCCAUUUCACUAACAUUACAAACUUCGACACUGAGCUCUGUCUCACGAGUGAAGCCACAGGUUUUGUUGUUGAUUCCACAAGGGGCAUCAUUCUUACCAACCGUCACGUUGUGGGACCUGGUCCAUUCUCUGGUUAUGCUGUUUUUGACAACCAUGAAGAAGCUGUGGUCAGACCACUCUAUAGAGAUCCCAUCCACGACUUUGGCUUCUUGCAGUUUGAUCCAAAGGCGGUUAUGCACAUGAAAAUCCAUGAAUUGGAGCUUAGACCAGACUUGGCAAAGGUUGGUACUGAAAUCAGAGUUGUCGGUAACGAUGCUGGUGAAAAGUUGUCUAUCUUGGCCGGAUUCAUCUCCCGUUUGGACAGAAACGCUCCUUACUACGGUGCCUUGACAUACAAUGACUUCAACACAGAAUAUAUACAAGCUGCUGCUUCUGCAUCGGGUGGAUCUUCUGGUUCUCCUGUGGUGAACGAAAAUGGCCAAGCUGUGGCGUUGCAGGCAGGUGGUUCCACUGAAGCUUCUACGGAUUUCUUCCUUCCAGUUUACCGUCCAUUGCGUGCAUUGCAAUGUAUUCAGCAAGAUCAGACAAUUACCAGAGGUGACAUCCAGGUUGAAUGGGUUUUGCGUCCUUUUGAAGAGUGUCGCAGAUUGGGUUUGACCCCAGACGCUGAGGCUCAGGCUAGAGAGCGUUUCCCAGACAAGCUGGGUCUCUUGGUUGCUGAGAUUGUUCUCCCUGAGGGACCAGCUGAUAACAUUAUCAAGGAGGGUGACACGCUUAUUUCCAUCAAUGGCGAGUUCAUUGACAGUUUCAUCAAGGUCGACGAGAUCUUGGAUGCCAAUGUUGACAAGGAGCUUGAAUUUGUCUACCAGAGAGGCGGAAACGAGUUCAAGCAGAACAUCAAGAUUGGUGAUUUGCAUAAGAUUACCCCAAGCAGAUAUGUCGAGGUUGCUGGUGCAUCUUUCAAUGAUCUCUCGUACCAGAUGGCCAGGUGCUACUGCAUUCCUGUGAAGGGUGUAUUCAUCAGUGACGCUUCUGGUACUUUUGAUGUUUCUCCUAGUGAAAAGACUGGUUGGAUUUUGGACAAGAUUGACGAAAGACCAACGCCUGACUUGGACACUUUCAUAAAGGUUAUGAAGGAGAUUCCUGAUCGCCAGAAGGUCACUAUCGCUUACCGUCACAUGUCUGAUUUGCAUACUAAGAACGUUCAUGUCGUCUAUGUUGAAAGACAUUGGCAAACUGAUUUCAGAUUGGCCACCAGAAACGACAAGACUGGUCUCUGGGAUUUCCAAUCAUUGCAGAAGGAGCCUCUCCCGCCUCAAGAAAUUGAGCCACAGAAUGCCAAGUUCGUUGAUAUUCCGUUUUCUGAUGACAGAAGACAAGGAUGUGCUCAGAUGACUAGGUCUUUUGUUCAGUUAAGAACCAUUUCCCCUAUUUCUAUCGAUGGUACUUCCUUGAGAAAGGACGCUGGUUAUGGUGUGGUUGUGGAUGCCGAGAAUGGUUAUGUUUUGGUGUCUAGAAAGUUUGUCCCCAAUGAUGUACUUGACGUCUACCUUAUCUUUGCUGAAUCUGUUGAUGUUCCAGGUAAGGUGGUUUUCUUGCAUCCAAACCUCAAUUAUGCCUUGGUGAAGUACGAUGCUUCAAAGGUUCUUGCUGACGUCAAAACGCCUAAGUUCUCAAACACUCCACUUAAGAGAGGUGACAAGUCCUUGUUCGUUGGCUACAACUACCAUUUCCGUAUGGUAACUGAUGAUGUCACUGUCAGCUCCAUCUCAUCGCUCAACAUUUGUGCUAACGCCAACAGUCCUCGUUACAGAGGAACUAACCUUGAGUGUAUUUUGCUUGAUAGCAAGAUCGCUCAAGAGUGCGAUACCGGUGCUCUUAUUGACGACAAUGGUACUCUCCGUGCAUUCUGGUUGACCUACUUGGGUGAACAAACCGAAGGCAUGUCUGAUGUCAUGUUCCGUAUGGCAUUGGAUGUCUCUGAUGUGGCUCCAAUUCUUGAGGGGUUGAAAAACAACAAGAUUCCUCAAAGCUUGCGUAUCUUGGAUGCUGAGCUUACGCCUCUCACGGUCUUCCUGGGCCGUACUCGUGGUGUUCCACAAGAAUGGAUCACUCGUUUCGAAGAGGAGUGUGAAGACGAAGUCAAGUUCUUGUCUGUCUACAGAGUGAGUGCUCCUUCUGACGACAGCCGUCCAUGUCCUCUCGAGACAUCUGACAUCAUUCUUACAGUCAACGACAAACUCGUUAAGAGUGCUAGAGACCUCAGUGACAUGUACACCAAUGAAUUUCUCAAUUUCAAGGUUGUGCGUCAGAAAAAGGUGUUGGACAUAACUGCUCCUACUGUCGACACAUCAGCCAUCAACACCACCAGAGUGUUCUUCUGGUGCGGAGCCGUCAUCCAAGAACCCCAUCACGCUGUUCGCCAGCUCAUGGAGACCAUUCCUUCCAAGAUCUACGUCGCUAGGAAGCAUGCUGGUGGACCUAUGGCACAGUAUGGCAUCCUGACGAGUGUGUUCAUCACGCAUGUCAACGACCAAGAAACCACCGACUUGGAGUCUUUCAUCCAGCACGUCACUGCCAUCCCAGACAAUACCUACGUCAAGUUGCGUCUUGUCUCGUUUGACCAUGUCCCUGGUGCGGUCUCCAUCAAGACCAACUACCACUACUUCCCUACACAAGAAAUCAGAAAAGACGUCCAAACAGGCGAGUGGAAGGAGGUCGAACAUAAAACCAAAUAG